GUCGCGACGGCUGAAAUGUUUUCCAUCAACGGGUCACAAUGACCCUUGGCAAAGUCUCACGGUGGCUUGACCAGAUUUGCGCCGCGGAGUGCGAAGAGACGCAGUUCCCCACCCCGCUCUCUACGUCGCCUCCCCAGCCCUCCCUGAAACGAACCCACGACUCUGAGACCACAAUAAUGGAGCCUUCCAAAAAGCAACGCAAAAGUCAAUGGGAGAGCGCGUCCGACACAUCCUCACAGCUGCCUACUCUUCGCGAUGACGUGACAUUUCUGUCGCAGCCAGCCUCAACGGCCAGUCAAGCACGACAGCGAUCUCCCAGCCCAGCCCGCCAUAAGACGCUAUUAGCAAAUGCAACACCGCGAGUAUACUAUUUUCACGAGCGGGACGAGCCGAAAGAUCUUACUGCGAAAAGCCUACUCGGGUUUCUUUCGCAAGAAACGAGUUGGCGACCAGAGUCCGCUAAGAUCCUAGAGGCAGCCACCGGGUCUUGGAAAUGUGCAAGGCAACAGCGAAGUGAGAGUUCCUGGGUAACGGAGGUCACUCGGCCUAUGUUGCUAGCAUCCAUCGGGGACCUUCCUCUAGAAGCUUGGGGCAUCCAGAGUGAAUCGGUCCGCACCUGCUACCAACCGCAAUACACCGCCCGAGAUCGAUGUCAUCGCAAAAUCGACUACGUUGUUGGGUUUUCUACAGAUUCGUGGAAGAAUCUCUAUAAGAAGAGCGCUACCAGGUUCACCAACGGUUACGCCAACCAUGUCGACCACCCUCAUACAGGAACCCAAGUGUUAGGUGCUGGCUGUGAGAUUAAACCUAAAUAUGGAAAUUUGUUGGAAGCUGAGAUCCAAGUUGGAGUCUGGACAGCUGGGCUCUUCUCAUGGGCAUUUGAGCAUCGAGUAGGGCCAGAUUUGCCGCCCCCAUUGGUCGGCUUCAUCUCCGUGGGCGAGUCGUGGGAGUUCUAUAUCAUAUAUGGCGUACCGACCGAGGUCGGUGAGGACAAUGAGUUGCCAGGGCUGGCAGAAGUGCAUGUUUGGGGCCCAUUAUCUGACCUUGCUGGCCGGACCUCAACUGAAAAAACAUGCACUGCGCUCGCCCAGACUCUCCGUCGCGUAAUGGAAUAUAUUUGUGGCGAUUAUAUCGAGAGACUAGAAGCAUCUGUCAUCGCUUGAGAUUCCACCGAUGCUUGCUGCGUGUAGUGCUGCUCUUCUGCUGGCAAUGGUAUUCUGGAGAACCUACUAAGCUUCAAGUAUGGACCUUCUCACUGUCUUCUCGAGCGCCGAGCGAUCAAGCUGGCUCUCGUUUACGAAUAAUGGCGACACGCUCCCCUAUCUAAGCCUUGGCGUGGAAACGAGGGCGACCUCGAGGAUAUACGUCCGCCGAACAAAGACGGGUCAACCAUCACACAACAGCGCAAUCAGUGACAGUCUGCUCGUGCUGCGCAGUGCACCGUUGAAUUUGGCCAGUACUAUCUCACUAUCUUACCGGCGUCUGUUGACAUUA